UCAACAGAAAAUUCUAGCUGAUUCUCUAAGCACAACAUAUCUAUAUAAGCAAUAAGCAGUGAAAAUUAUUGGCCAUGAAAAGUUAACAAGAUGGGAACAUCUUCACGUUUGAUGAUUCUCCUUCUCCUUGUUUCCAUCUUUGCAUCAUCGCAUUAUUCCAAUGCAUACCCUUUAUCAACUCAGAAAAGAUGGAUCAUAGAUGAUGCGACAGGGCAACGUGCAAAGUUGGUGUGUGGGAACUGGGCUGGUCACCUCAGACCAAUGAUCCCUGAGGGCUUAGACAGAAGGCCCUUGAAGGAGAUCGUUGGUGAGCUUGUGGACCUCAACUUCAACUGUGUUCGUCUCACCUAUGCAAUCUACAUGUGGACACGUUAUGGCCAUGGCAACGUGAAUGCCACCUUUGCAUCCUUGGAUGCACCAAAGGUGGUGGAAGGCAUAGCCAUGCACAACCCUUCUGUGUUGGCCAAGACUCACAUUCAGGUCUUUGAGGAUGUGGUUCGUGAACUUGGGGCUCAGAAUGUGAAGGUGUUGCUUGAUAACCAUGUGAGUCAGCCUAAGUGGUGCUGUAAUGAUGAUGAUGAGAAUGGCUUCUUCCAUGAUAGGCACUUUGAUCCUCAGGAAUGGGUGCAUGGCCUUACUUUGGCAGCCAAACACUUCAGUGGAAAUCAUGCUGUUGUGGCAAUGAGUUUGAGAAAUGAAUUGCAUGGUCCACGCCAAAAUCUGCGUGAUUGGUACAAGUACAUGAGCGAAGGAGCGCUAGCCAUACACAAGGAAAACCCGAACGUGCUUGUGCUUAUAUCAGGUUUGAACUACGACACUGAGUUGCAGUUUCUAAAGAGUAAACCGUUGAAGAUAGACUUGGGUAAGAAAAUGGUGUUUGAGACACACUUGUACUCAUGGUCUGGAAUUGGGACACUCAAGUUGAAAGAGAUAUGGACAAAGCAACCAUUGAACAGGAUAUGUGCCAAUAACAUUAAGGGGAUAGACCACAGAGCUGGGUUCCUUACCACUGGUGAGAAAGCAACUCCUUUGAUCUUUACUGAGUUUGGGUUUAAUGAGGAAGGUGCUUCAGUGGAAGAUAACAGGUUCUUGACAUGCCUUCAAACCUAUCUUGUUGGAAGAGACAUGGAUUGGGGUUUGUGGGCAUUUCAUAGUAGCUACUAUGUUAAACAUGACACGGUUCAACUUGACGAGUCAUUUGGUGUAAUGGAUCAGACUUGGCAUCACCUGAGAGACCCCAACUUCACUUCCAAGUUCCAACUUUUGCAAAGGAAGAAUCAAGAACCUACCUCUAAGGCCCCCCUUGUAAAUAUCUUGUACUACCCUCUAACUGGUCAUUGUGUCCAAGUGAAUGACAAGAAUGAACUUGAACUUGGUAGCUGUGAGAACAAAAACAGAUGGGUUCAUGGUGGAAAAGGGACUCAAAUCCUUCUACAUGGAACAAAGAAGUGCUUAACCGCGCCCGGAGAAGGGCAUCCAGUUGUUGUUUCUGAUGACUGCCAAAGCAAAACUAGCUCUUGGAAGCCUGAGUCACUGUCUAAACUUCACUUGGCCACUGUGGAUCAACAUGGGAAGCAACUUUGCUUAGAAAAGGAUUCCAACUCAUCCAGCAUUGUGACCUCAAAAUGUAUCUGCAUAAAUGAUGAUUCUCUAUGUCUUGAUGAUCCCCGAAGCCAAUGGUUCCAGCUUGUUGCCGCCAAUGUGUAGCUUAGGUUAACUGGAUUAUGAUUAAUAUUGCAGGAAUUUAUCUGUUUUAUAUUCUGUCUAUUUAGUGAUAUAUUUAGGUUUAGUGAAAUCUCAUUAUUACAUAAUAAAGUAAGAUAUUUGAUGAUAAA